AAUAAGUUGCAUCAGCUGACAAUAGAGAAUCUCUAGAGACCAUGUUCAUCUUCUUCUAUUCAAUUUACUCUCAUGGAUAUUUUGGUUAAAACCCAAAUCCUUCUGCAACUCUUUCUGUUUCAUCACCACCUUCAAAUCUACUAUUAACAAAUCUCGCCUCUUGCUAUCUUCAUCUUCAUCUUCUCAUAUACAGUACUAGCAAGCUGACCUCACUCUUCCCACAACCAACCAAGACAAAAGCAACUCAUUCAUCUGUUUACUUAAACUCAAGCCCGUAUGAUGAGGUGCUCUCCACUUGUAGUCUUUGUGCUUUUGCUUUCUGCUAACUGGGUUUUCUCCGACUUGAUCCAAGAAAUGUUUGUGCCUUGCAUGUCAACCUACUUUGGGGCCUACACAAAGAAUAUGGAGAUCAUGCACACACCAAACUCUUCUUUAUAUUCAUAUAUUCUUCAAUCUUCUAUGCAAAAUCCCAGAUGGGUAAACUCCACUGCCUCAAAGCCUCUUCUUGUCAUGACACCAUUCCAUGAAUCUGAAAUCCAAGCAGCAAUCAUUUGCAGCAGAAGAUAUGAUCUGCAAAUCAGGAUAAGAAGUGGAGGACAUGACUACGAAGGCCUGUCUUACCUCUGCGCCACCCCAUUCAUCCUCAUAGAUCUCGUCAAUCUCAGGUCAAUCACAGUUAAUAUUGAAGACGAAACAGCUUGGGUCCAGUCUGGUGCAACCCUCGGUGAGCUCUACUAUGCCAUUGCUAAAAGAAGCGGCAUCCAUGGAUUCCCUGCUGGACUGUGCUCUACUGUAGGGAUUGGUGGGCAUUUAACUGGAGGGGGAUUCGGGACAAUGGUGAGAAAGUAUGGUCUUGCGGCAGAUAACAUCUUGGAUGCUUACCUGAUCGAUGUUAAUGGAAGAGUUAUGAACAGAGAAACAAUGGGGGAGGAGUUGUUCUGGGCUAUAAGAGGAGGUGGUGGGGCAAGCUUUGGGAUCAUCCUCUCAUGGAAGAUCAAGCUUGUUCCUGUUCCAAAAACUGUGACUGCUUUCACAGUCUCAAGAACGCUUGAAGAAGGUGCCACAAAGCUGGUUCACAGGUGGCAAUACAUUGCACAUAAAAUGCAUGAAGAUCUCUUCAUCAGAAUCAUCAUUCAAAACGUAUGUACCAGCAACAAAAGAACCGUGCAAGCUUCUUUCGAUUCAUUGUUUCUUGGAGGGAUUGACAGGCUAAUCCCAUUGAUGAGUGCAAUCUUCCCCGAGCUCGGGUUAAAACCCAAAGACUGCAAUGAAAUGAGCUGGGUUGAAUCAGCCCUGUACUUUGCUGAAUUCAAGAAGGGGCAGCCAUUAGAAGUUCUACUGGGUAGGACACUACUAUCCAAGAGCAAUUUCAAGGCAAAAUCAGACUUUGUGCAGGAACCAAUACCUGAAUAUGGACUUGAAGGGAUAUGGGAAAGGUUUCUUGAGGAGGAUUUACCAAUGAUGAUUAUGGAUCCCUUUGGUGGAAGAAUGGAUCAGAUUUCCGAAUCUGAUGUACCAUUUCCACACAGAGAAGGUAAUUUAUACAACAUACAGUACCUGGUUAGGUGGGAAGACAACAGAAUAGAAGAAUCAAAUAGGCAUAAGAACUGGAUUAGAAUGCUUUACAGGUACAUGAAACCAUUUGUUUCUAAGUCACCAAGGGCUGCAUAUUUCAACUUCCGAGAUUUGGAUUUGGGGAUCAACAAUCACACCAAGACAAGCUACUCAGAAGGAAGAGUCUGGGGCCUGAAAUACUUCAAGGGUAAUUUCAGGAGAUUGGCACAGGUGAAGAGCAAUGUUGACCCAGAUAAUUUCUUCAGAAGUGCACAGAGUAUUCCUCCUCUUCCUGCACCAAGAAAAUUGCAGAAUCAAUAGACAAUAGGAAUAAAAAAAGAAACACCAUGGAUCGAAAAACGGUCUAUUCUGUAUCCAGCCACUAGCUUCAUGGGGAACUUAUCAUUGAGCCCCAAAAAUUGAUACACAUGAUUCCUGCAGCUCAUUUUGGAGAGGCCCAAGAUCAAUGCAU